ACCUAACUGUCAAAGGAUAGCGCGCGCUCCUUUCUCUCUCUACUUUUCUUUUUUUUAAUUAAAUUGUUUUGAGGAAGAGAGAGAGAGAGAAUAUUUAUUUAAAUUUAUUUAUUAUUUUUUUGAAAAAAAAAGGGAAAAAUGGAAAACGAGAGAAUGGGAAGUUAGUUAGAGGCGAAGGGGGGAGAAGAAGAGGAAAACUGAAAUUUCUCUCGGAAUUCGAUUCAUUUUCGCGGCGGAAGGAAGCAGUUCCGGUGGUGACGGCGGUGGCGGCGGCGGCGAGCAUCGUCGUUUUGUGAUUGUUUCCGCAACUGCUAUCACAAUUCGAAGACGAAGAAGAAAGAAGAACGAUAAUGGCGUAUAGGAGGAGGCAAGGAAUCACGAGGGCUUCCACUUUCAAAGAAGAGAUUCAUCAUCCUCCCGAGGAUUUCGAUCACAAUCCUAUUUCUUCUUCUUCGUCUUCGUCUUCUUCUCUUGCCGCUCAGGCGAUCCGAGAUUCUUCGCAUUCCUCUGCCUAUGGCACCUCCGCUUUUGCCCCUGGCCAUCUUCGAUCCAAGAGUUUUGCUGGCGAGAAUGUGGCAUUCAAAAGUGAGUCAAAAUCCGGGUUUUGGGGCGUACUGGCUCGGAAAGCUAAGGCCAUUCUCGAAGAAGAUACCGUAGCCAUAGAAGAUGAAAUGGCCAGCACAAAUAGUUUCCAGCCCGUCAAUACCUCAACUGGUAGCCAGCUUCUGUCCGAGGAAUGGUUUCAGGAGGCAUGUCAGUCAACUGAUAACAACUCAAGAAGAUCGGACAAUCCUGCAAUACGGAAGGGCUUGGAUGGAGUCACAACUUCGCUUAAUCAACAUGGAGACACAUUUGAAAAGAAAUUCGAGGAAGGUCGCAAAAUUGUGGAAACUAAGACUGCAGACAUCGUUCAAGAAACUCGCAAGCUGCAGAUUAGGAAAAAGGGUAACAAUUCUGAAGCAUUACAUCAAACUCCUGUGAAUAAUUCAUGGCAGCAACCGGAUAUGCAAUCUACAGAACCAAAUAUGCAAACACACCAUGAAACUCAACUGAAGGCAUCUCGAGACGUGGCGAUGGCGACAGCUGCCAAAGCCAAACUAUUGCUUCGGGAGCUGAAAACCGUUAAAGCAGAACUGACUUUUGCUAAAGAAAGAUGUGCACAAUUAGAGGAAGAAAACAAAAUCAUCCGGGAAAAUCGCGAGAAGGGAGACAAUCGUGCAGACGAUGACUUGAUUCGGCUUCAACUGGAGACUCUUUUGGCUGAGAAGGCUCGUCUGGCGCAUGAGAACUCAAUAUAUGCUCGGGAGAACCGUUUCCUGAGGGAAAUUGUGGAGUACCAUCAACUGACGAUGCAGGAUCUUGUUUAUUUGGAUGAGGGAACCGAAGUAGUGACAGAAGUGUAUCCCGUAUCCACCUCUCCAGGUAUCGCCAGAAUGCUGUCUGUUUCCCCACGCUCCCCAAUCUCUCCAGCCUCACUUUCAUCUCUCAGUGAGACCCCAAAAGAAGCAGAGAAUGAUGAUGCCAAACACAGUGAUGGAGACCCAACUCCUGAGGAAGAACAAGGUACAAAAAGAGCCCCUUUGCCUUCUACUUCUUCCUAAGGAUAUUGCUUACUCUUCUUUAAACUAAUAAUCUGUGAAAAAAGUUGUUUCUUCUUUUUCUCUUCUUUUUUUUUUCUUCCAUUAUAUUUGUUCUUGAGGAGUGAGAGAGGGGGGAGGGAGGGCUCUCAUGAAGUCAUUCAAGAAUUUGAGGGGGGAAUGAAGUCGAAGGCUGAGGUGGUUGGUGGUUUGAUUCUUCUUUUUUUUUUUUCUCUUUUUCAUUUAUUGACCUUUUUUUUUUCUUUUUUGUGCUAAAAUUAACAAAUGAGAAUUGUAGAGUAUGCCAAUGCGAGGAGAAAUGUUGCAAAAUAAUAUUAAUUCAUUCUGUUCUCUGUUCUGUAUCCCACAAACAAACAUUAUGUGAUUCAUUGAAUAUGUAAUUUAUUGCCCAUAUAUGGCCUUUUUAA